AUGGACGACGAAUGCAUCGCCCGCAACCCCGCGCAGCACAUCGCGCGAAAGCCUGUCCCGAUACGCAACACCGAAGCAGCCCACGAACCGCUACUCGAUACACCUACGCGAAGGGAUAAUAUUCAUGACGACUUUGAUGCUGCCACCGAGAACGAUCACGACUCUGCGUCGCGAAGAUCAGAACCCAGUGGCCAUGAACCGAAAGGAGCCAGCGUCGAGCGACGAACGUCGAAAAGAUCACUGAGCAUUAUGAAAAGCUGGUGGCAAGAGAUCUUGUGGUGUGCCAUCAGCCUUGCAGCAUUCGUGGCGUUGGUCCUUGUCCUCAAGGAAUUCAACCAGAAGCCUCUUCCCAGAUGGCCAUCCGGAAUUACACUCAACACCAUCAUAGCCGCUCUUUCCACGAUCGCAAGGACAGCAUUCCUGAUUCCUGUAUUGGAGGGCCUCUCACAAAGCAAGUGGGCGUGGUACAAGAAAAAACCUCGGCCUCUUACGGACUUUGACAUGUUUGAUCAAGCAUCGAGAGGUCCGUGGGGUAGCCUUGGCUUACUUGUUCGUACAAAAGGAUGGAUUGUUGGCAUUGUGUCCGCUCUCUUGCUCACGUCGGCCAUUGCUACGUCAACACUCACGCAGUUUACCGUAACGUAUCCAUCUCGAAAUGUGACAAUCACCACGGAGGGUAGUGCAGCUGCAUGGAGAACGCCGUACUAUUUCUGGCGAUACUCAGACAUUACCCAUCUCGCCGAAAUUACCAGGCCAGAGAGAGAAGGGGCAACGGGCACCAACAUCAGUUUGCCAAACGGAAUCAAACUGCAUACUACCUAUGGGUAUUCGACCGUACUCAUCGAGAGCAAGCCGACCUUGUCAUACAAAAACACACAGAUGGAAAAGGCGUCUCUGUACAAUUACUUUGCCGUACAGGGACCCGGCUCUGGUAGCCAAGAGAUCGAUCUCAGCGAAGUAAUCCUCCACUGGUGCAUCAACACAUGUAAUGCCGCCGUAACAAAUAACAAUAUCUCCGUAGAGAGAGUCCUGUCACACACUGAGGUUAGCAGCGGUGAUAUGGAAUGGCCUAAUGGCGGAAGUGGGAAUAUCAGCUAUCUUACGUCGCCCUUGGACGAAGGCAACAAGUAUAUAUUCGGCGGAACAGGGGUUGCUGGGAUCCAAACCCUUUUGGACGAUUCACUGCCAAGUCUGACUGUAGACGUAGGAAGCAAUAGUAUCAAGGACGGAAGUGCAAUGCUUCUACAAGCUAUCCGAGAUGCUGGCAAUUGGCAAGAUGCCGUAGAUGGAAUGGCGCGGAACAUAGCGAUGGGUCUGACCAAUUCGCUACUGGGUGCGAAUUCCAACGUGAUCGGCGAGGCGUUGCAGUCUGAAGUAUAUGUCGACGUUCAUUGGCCCUGGCUGGCGCUUUUGGCAGCUCAGAUUCUCUUCUCCAUCAUCUUCCUUGUCCUGGUUGUUAUCGAAACCGCUACAUCUAACAUCGCCGUUGUCAAAAGCUCGACGUUGCCGGCGAUCUUUGCUAUCAAUGCUACGGAGAAAGCUGGAAUGGAGAGCCGUUUUCAACAAGGGGAGUGUGGUGUGGGCAAGGAUGAUUAUCAGUUGGUGCCGUCUGGGAUCGGAGGCGAGUUACGGAAGACUGGGGGCAAAUGGGCUCUAGGCGGCGGAGUGAAAGACUAA